AUGGCGACUGAGACAACGACGACUGCCAGCGAGGUGAGACAGCUUCGGCUUGACGCGGCCACGAGCAGACUACUGGAAGACUACGAAAUCCACCAUUUCUCAUCACCGGCAAACCGUCAGCGAGAUGGGGAACCUGGGACAGUGAUUGUCGCCGGCAACAUUCGACGGGAAGCUCAACCAAGCGACUUUGAUUCCACCUUGGCCCCCCAUCCUCCAGUCCCAUACCCAGUCUCCAAUCCCGAAUGGUGGCCAGGAAACUUUAGGAACAUUCCAGAGUACCGACCGGUGAAUCGAAAUCUUGACUGGGACGAGCGACGGCAGUCACCCUUGUUCACAAUCGUUGGUGGAGUCAUGGUCUGGGGAUGCUGCUUCAUGGCGAACUGGGCUCAGCUUUGGAGGAACACUGCUGGACGAGCCACGGAUAUUGGUCUUUCAAAGGUUGGAGGCGAGUGGUAG